ACAGAUUGACGGAUGCGUUCACUACAUUACGUGACGGUGUCAAAGUGUAAACACAUGAUGGCUGUUGCAGUAAAACAAAACCUCCUUAUUGGAGCUUUGACAGAACUGACAACUUUUGGUAGAACAUCGCUGGAGAAUGUGCAGAAGGACGUAGCGGAAGGUGUUUCUUCGCUAGAAACUGUCCAUCAGAAGAUGAGCGUUUUAUUUGGUGUGAUGUCAGCAGGGGCCAAGUUUUUAAACAGCCUAGGUGUGAAGAACAUGAAGGAAGCAGAAAGUAUAUGGGAACAUUUUUUUCAUAUAGCAGAAGUGCGGGAUACUGUUGAAAGCUUUCUGGUGCUGGAAGUGGAGUGGGACAGCUUUUUGAAACGUCUGGAUGUUCAGAUGAAUAUGAGCGACACCGUUCUUUCACACUGUCCUGCAGCACAGACGCUGAGCUCAGAUACACGCCUCAUACAUGUCCAAACCAAAGAGAAUGUGUCACUGGGUCAAUACUUGGGCAAGGGAGAGAAUCUCCUACUUGUUCUACUUCGACAUUUUGGAUGACAGCCAUGACGAGACCACCUGACUGAGCUGAGGAAAAGCAAGAAUCUUCUGGAAGCUCAGUCAGUGCGGGUGCUGGUGGUCUCGUAUGGGUGUCUGGAAGGGGCAACGUUCUGGCUUGAUCAGACAGGGACUGAAUUUGAUAUGCUGUUUGAUGAAAAGAGAACGGUGUACAGAACAUUCGGUCUGGGUUCAUCGUUUGCCAAGGUGAUGAAGUUUAAGUCCCUAUUUCACUACUCUGAAUUUCUGGCGAUGAACAGACAGUUUCCUGAAGUGCCACAACAGUUCAUCGAUGAUCUGUUUCAGAUGGGUGGUGAUUUUGUGCUGGAUGAAGGUGGUAAAGUGAUUUUUUCUCACCGGUGUAUAAACCCAGUGGACAGACCAUCAGCUGCACAGAUUCUGGCCGCCGUCUCUGCUCACGCGGGCCUUUCUUAACUCCUGCAGAGGCUGAAAAAAAAGGUUGACUCCACAGACGGAGCUCGUCCAGAGGUUGUUUGGAUGAAGAUAUGACUUGAAUUCAUACGAAGUGUCAUCUCUGAUGGGAAUUUACAGCUUCUGGUCAUCAAAGCUUCAAAUCUGUUGAGUCAACAUAGAAACACUUUGCACAAAUUAACAAGGGCACGAUCAUAUAAAAUCAGAUUCUUCACUUUAUUUGACUGUUUUAGAAGACGUACAAAUUUAGGAAGUUGUUUUACUACUUUAGGAUCAGGAUAAUGAAGGGCAAAUGUUAACAAUUAGAUCAAAUCUGAAAUAUACAACUGAUAUUUGUUUAAGAAACUGUACUGAGGUGUAAUCUUUGAACUGAAGUUGGUUUUGAAUAAAGGAUUUCAUACAGACUGA